AUGCAGCAAAAUCAGACUGUACCUGAGUUCAUUCUCCUAGGAUUGACACAAGAUCCUGUGAGGCAGAAAAUGGUGUUCAUAAUUUUCUUGAUUUUCUACACUGCAACUGUGGUGGGAAACUUGCUCAUUAUUGUGAUCAUCAAGGUCAGCAGAACACUUGGGAGUCCCAUGUACUUCUUCCUUUUUUAUUUGUCCCUUACUGACACUUGCUUUUCGACUUCGACAGCACCUAGACUAAUUAUUGAUUCUCUCUCUGCAAAGAAAGUUAUAUCCUACAAUGAGUGCAUGACACAAGUCUUUGCACUGCAUUUAUUUGGUGGCAUGGAGAUCUUUGUCCUUACUCUCAUGGCUGUUGAUCGCUAUGUGGCCAUCUGUAAGCCCUUGCGGUACCCGACCAUUAUGAGACGGCAGGUCUGCAUUGUCUUGAUUAUUCUUGCCUGGAUAGGGUCUUUUAUACAUUCGACAUCUCAGAUUCUCCUGGCCUUGAAACUGCCAUUCUGUGGACCCAAUUUGAUUGAUCAUUACUGUUGUGAUUUGCAGCCUUUGUUAAAACUUGCCUGUAUGGACACUUAUGUGAUCAACCUACUGUUUGUGUUUGAUAGUGGGGCCCUUUGCUCAAGCAGUUUCUUGCUUCUGAUGAUCUCAUAUUUUGUUAUCUUGCAUUCACUGAGAAACCACAGUGCGGAAGGGAGAAAAAAAGCCCUUUCCACUUGCACCACUCACAUUAUUGUUGUCAUCUUGUUCUUUGGUCCAUGUAUAUUCAUAUAUACACGACCAUCAGCCUCUUUCUCCAUAGACAAGAUGGUGGCAGUAUUUUAUACCAUCGGGACACCCUUUCUCAACCCACUUAUCUACACACUCAGGAAUGCAGAAGUGAAAAAUGCCAUGAGAAAGCUAUGGAGUGUCAAAAUUACCUCAGAAAGCAAAUGGUGA